ACGUUUUCGCGGGACACGUGCAUGUUGUUUGACUGGUUGGAGACAAGAUAAUCAGUUAAAUCAGAAGUUGUGGCACCCAUUCUGGACGCUGUGUUGCGAUUGUGUCUGGCAUUGUGAAGUAGCAUGUGUGGCAGUACAGACUAAUAUAACAUUUUGAAGAAAAACCCAGAAUGAAGUCUGCUAAAAAGAUUUCGGCUUUUGCCGUGUUCAAGGGAAGAAAGGAUAAGUUUCAAGUGACAGAUGAAAAGGAUCUGAAAAUGUCAACACUGCUGAAGAAAUCAUCCAGUGAACCAGUUGUGAACAUGGCGGGAGAACAGAAUGAUAAAGGCACAUCAAAAGCCUUCCUGAAAAGACUAAAAGGAGGCAGCAUGAGAGGAAUAGCAGAUGUGCGUAAACUCAGGCCGUCCUUUCUUCCAGAUUCUGCCCUCUCUGAAAGUCCCCUGAUACCAGAAAAAGUCAAAUCCACAGCCAUCCUCUCUCCAAGAAAGCGAGGAAGUCCGCAGGCCAGAAAUGGAGACUUUAACAGAGCGGGUGUUGCCAUAGAUACCAAACCAAAGAAGGCGACUAACACAGUUGGCAAACAGACAAAUGUUAAGAAAACUAGAGACAAGUUAAACAAUAGUGUGAAAGGCCGAAAGAGACAGAACUGCGACCAGGCGAAGGAUGAAGUCACUCAGAAAAAGAAGAGAAAAGUGUCUGAUAAAGAACUACCUCCACCGACAGAAGAGACUUUUCAGGGGAGCUUACCCACUAUGUUUGACAGUGCAGAAGAUGCCAGAAAUUUGUUUGAGUGUAUUAUUCACCCAGUCACCACAACCAAAUUCUUCAGCGAAUUAUGGGAACAGAUGCCGUUGUUGGUGCGCCGUCACAUUCCAGAUUAUAACCAGGGGUGGUUUAGCACGAAGGAAUUGGAUCGCAUUUUGAGAGAGGAGCCGAUACAGUUUGGAGUGAACCUUGACAUCACCACCUAUGAGAAUGGUCAGCGCGAGACACAUAAUCCUGUGGGGAGAGCGUAUGCACCAGUCGUCUGGGAUUACUUCCAGAAUGGCUGCUCCGUGCGAUUACUUAACCCUCAGACCUACUCGGACAAUGUCUGGAAGUUCCUCUCCACCCUUCAGGAGUACUUUGGCUGCUGUGUUGGUGCUAACAUUUACCUGACCCCUGCUGGCACUCAGGGCUUUGCUCCUCACUAUGAUGACAUUGAGGCAUUUGUGCUGCAGCUGGAGGGCAAGAAACACUGGAAGUUGUACCAGCCAAUAAAUGACAAUGAGAAGUUACCAAGGUUUUCCAGUAGAAAUUUCCGCGAGGAAGAGGUAGGGAAGCCUAUCCUAGAUGUCGUUUUAGAGGCUGGGGAUCUGCUAUACUUCCCCAGGGGCAUCAUCCAUCAGGCCACAGCCAUGGAUGACACUCACUCUUUGCACAUCACUGUGUCCUGCUAUCAGAAGAAUUCAUGGGGGGAUCUGCUGGAGAAGCUUGUUCCUCGAGCGCUGGAAAUAGCCAUGGAGGAGGAUGUGGAGUUUAGGACAGGGUUACCCAGGGACUACCUUCAUCACAUGGGCAUAGCGAACUCAGACUUAAACAGUCCUGUGCGUAAAGCCUUCCUGAAGAAGUUGGAGACGUUGAUGAGCAAAUUGCUGAGUCAUGCCCCUGUGGACGCAGCCUGUGAUCAGAUGGGAAAGCAGUACAUCUUUGACAGUCUGCCUCCCCACCUCACUGAUGACGAGAAGAGCUGCAGCAUUCACAGUGCUGGUGAAAAGUGGAGCCCAUCCAAAAUGUGUGUGAUCGGGACAGCGGAAGUGGAGCCUGAUACUCAAAUCAAGCUGAUUAGGAGGGGAGCAAUACGGUUGUUGACUGAGGGUGAGGACCAGGUACACGUCUAUCACUGCCUGGAAAACACCCGUCUCUACCACGGCCACGGGGAGCCACAAUACAUUGACAUCUCUGUUGAGGCUGCACCUGCUGUGGAAUUCCUUAUCCAUUCCUACCCUGAGUACGUCUUGGUGGAUGAUCUUCCCAUGGAGUCAGUACAGGAAAAGGUUAAUCUAGCUCGCGCUUUGUAUGAGAAAGGAUUGCUGAGGACAGAAACCCCCCUAGAGCCCCUUAACGAUGAGGAAAGUUGUCAUGAUGAGGCAGAGCUGUAAUGAUGAGGUGAAGCCGUCACCAUGGGAACCUUACAUCUCUUGUUCAUUUUAUCAAGGCUUUGUUGAAUAUGCAUGUGACUGUUUUGGUGAACUUUGUGCAUAAUGUAACCAAUGACAACCCAAGAUAUACAGAAUACAAGAUUAACGGAUCCAUUUUACCCCUGAUCUGAGUGUACCGUCUCUUAUUAACCAUGUUCAGAAACAGAUUAUUCUUUUCAAGAUUUAUGAAUUUUGCAAAGAUGUUACAAAGGGGAGGUAAUUUGAGGGCGAUGUGACCAUGGAAAAGGUGGCGGCCUCUGGGCAUUAACACAUGCUAUAGUUUAGAGAAAUUGUCAUGCAGUCUUGCACAACCAUGCCUAGCUACACAUCGCUCAUAUUCAUGUACUCAUUUCUGUGAGAUCAUUGUCUGUACACAAAUAUUCAUUGUCUUGUCAGUACUGUCUGUGCAAUCAUGUAUUGUGAUGUUGAUGAAGAUCAAGGUUAGUGUGAUAAAGCCAGGCUUGAUUUGGUAGUAGUGGGUUUUCUCUGUCUUCUCGGUGGAAUAAAUAAUGUGUAAGUUUUCUUAUUGAAAACCGAUGUAGAUUCUUGAAUUAACGUCAUACCACAACUGUGAGGAAACACUUUACCCAGAAAACUGUAGUAUGAGAGUAUCCAGGCUGCUAAAUGACCAGGCACAGCUGUAGACAAUACUUAUAGUCACAUUCGUAUUUCAAUGUAUAGGUUAAUACAUUUGUUUCAAAACUUCUUUUUUUCUGGAAUGUCUGAAAUGGGUGGUUGUCAUGAGAGUUUGCAGUCUUCAGUUGACAUUCUCAGAUAUAAAAAUGGAAAGUAUGGAAAUAGUAAGUAGAAUAAUUUCAGUUUGGCUGCCGAAGAAUUGCCUGACAAUUCUUCGGCAGCCAAACUGAAAUUAUGAUCUUCAUGACAAAAAGGUUAUUCUAUUAUUUAUUCUGAUUUGUCUUAUAGGGUGAUCACAAGUAAAGUUGACAAACAGUCAACAUCAUUUUUAUUAGACAUGUCAACUUAUAACAUUACGAUGUUCUGAUGUUCAUCAGUUGCAUGUAACUUGAUAGAUUGUUAGACUGCUUUGAUGUAAUGCCGUAGUCAAUCAGGUAUAUAGAAUAGGCGAUCUGGAAAUUCAGGGUACAGGUCAUAAGAAUCAUGGCUCUAUUGCGUAGAAGUUAGAAGUAGAAAAGUGGACGGGUGAUUAGUUUAACGCUUUUGUUUUCCACGAGUUACACCUGUGGACUUCCUAUCACUCUCUAUGUACUAUUCUUCAUCAGUUUGACAGUGUCUUUAAGAGGGUCUCAAACAGUUGUUAUUCGUGUUGCCAGUAUUGGAAUUCUUGUAAACCUUUUCAGAAAGAAAAAGGUCACAAAUUUUAUUAUUUUCAUGAAGUACCCUUUCAUAUCUGUUGUAUCUUUGAGGAACCUUUUACAUACUUAUGAGAUUGACUUAUGUUGGCUUUCAAUGAAGACAUUGGAUUUUGAACGGUUGGAUUUUUUCUUAGAGUACAAAAUAACCCAUUGUUGUUGUUGUUCAUUAGAACUUGUCAUUGUGUGCAUUAGGUUGUUAUGUCAUUGAUGAGAAUAGCUUCUAGAAGAGAACUAGCAGUGAUAAGUGCUUUUUUGUUUGACCGUCUAUUACCACAUUUGGCAUCUUUGGAACUUUGCGUUAAUAUUUACCACAUUCUAGUCUUUGAAAUGAUUGUAAGUUCUUGGACUGUUUAACAAAGUUGAUACAUACAUCUGUGUGUCAUAUUCAGAUCGUAGGUUGUAUAUAAAUGUUCGCUCUUUUGAGAAUUUUACAUUUUAUAGUAGCCGACAGGACCUAGUUGAUUUUUGUCUUGUAAGGACUUCCUGAUUUUAUGGUCAUUCAUUCCAAAUGAUAUGCUAGUGAUUAGAUAAACAGGAACAUCUUGAGAAAUUAAGCCAUUUCUAUCUCCUGGACGUGUAACUAAUGCUCAGAUCUCUGAUCAUGGGCAGAAUUCUCUGCUAUUAAGCAACUCACUGUUUUCAUAAAACUUUUUAUAGAAAGUACCUCGGGGAAAAAAUCUCUUGGAUCUUUGCAAUUAUGAAACAUGACUAUGUUGUGUCGUCGAUGUUCGUGGAAUGUUUGCCUGGCAGUUAGGAAUGUGUUUAAGUUCUCCUGUGGUGGGGGUGUGUAAGCUGGCCUCUCAUUCAUCCUGCUCACAAUCCCUUGCAAACAUACAUUGUAGAUAAAGUAGUCUUAUCUAGGCAUGGACUUGAGCUUCCGGUAUUUUAGUGCGAUUUAAAGUGCUUUGGUUACAUGUCUCAUCUCAUUUUGUUUCUUCAUUUUU